AUGGCUGAGAAGACCCAACAGGCUUAUCCUGCAGCACCAGCAAACCAUGGUUACCAAAGAAGUGAUGCUGAGUCUUUGUUAUCCGCCGACGAGCUCAAACGCAAGAAGAGAAUCAAAUUGGCCAUUUAUGUUGCUAUUUUCAUUGUGUUUCAGAUCAUCGUCAUAACCGUGAUUAGCCUUACUGUCAUGAAAGUUAAAACGCCAAAGGUCCGGCUGGGGAACAUCAACGUACAAGAACUCAACUCCAUCCCAGCAACACCUUCAUUCGACACAAAAUUCACAACCCAAAUCAAUGUGAAGAACACAAAUUGGGGUCCUUACAAGUUCGAUGCUAGCAGUGUUACGUUUUUGUACAAAGGAGCGACUGUCGGGCAAGUUUCUAUUCCAAAGAGCAAGGCUGGCAUGCUUUCCACCAAAAAGAUCACUGUCGAAGUGAGCUUGAGUUCAAGUGCAUUAGGCGGUUCCAAUCUUGGGAGUGAACUGUCCAGUGGCGUAUUGACUCUCAACAGCGCGGCUAAGUUGAAUGGAAAGGUGGAACUGAUGCUUAUAAUGAAGAAGAAGAAGUCCUCCACCAUGGAUUGUACAAUUGCAUUUGAUCUGUCAUCAAAGACCCUCAAAAGUUUACGGUGCAAGUGA